CCCAUAGAGAUUCGUGAGUCAUUUAACGAUCGAGUUACCAAAGUGACCAGCUGCGGUUUUUUCAACGUAUCUGAGGAAAUCUCUAGUGUGUCUGCUGCUCUCAUUGAAAGCCGUCGCGUGGCGAGGGACAUCGGAGGAUCUGACCCCGAGCGCAUGUCUGCAAUUAACAUUGUCAAAUACCUCGAGCAUGAAAUGCAGGGCUUGGAUACAGUUUUGAUGACGGUGAAUGAAAUUGAUCCCAAAAAGCAUCCUUUGAUGGCAGCUGUCAAUCGAGCUGCAUCCGGUAUGUAA